CAGCGAUGGAUCUGGGUGGCUGUCACAGGGUAUAGGGCCACGUAUCAAGAGGAGGGAGAGAGCGCGAGAGAGAGAGAGAGAGCGAGAGAGAGUUUUGAAAAGAGUAAAGAAGAAAGUUAUGUUGCUGCAGACAUGGACCUACGCUCAGAGCUCCUCAAGUCCAUUUGGUAUGGUUUCACUGCCCUGGAUGUAGAGAAGAGCGGUAAAGUUUCCAAGUCUCAACUUAAGGUCCUGUCCCACAACCUGUGCACAGUUCUGGCCAUCCCGCAUGACCCCGUGGCUCUGGAGGAACACUUCCGGGAUGAUGACGAUGGACCGGUCUCCAGCCAGGGGUACAUGCCCUACCUCAACAAAUACAUACUGGACAAGGUGGAAGACGGUUGUUUUGUGAAGGAACAAGUCGACGAGCUCUGCUGGACCCUCACAGCUAAGAAGAACUACAAGCCAGAAAAGGACAAUAAGAACAACUUGCCUGGGAAAGAUGCUUUUCGUCUCUGGUGUCUGUUUAACUUUCUCUCAGAGGACAAAUAUCCACUGGUGAUGGUGCCUGAUGAGGUGGAAUAUCUGCUGAAGAAGAUGUGUAUGGCCAUGAGUGUUGAGCUAAACUGUGUGGAACUGGAGGACUUCAUCUCCCAGGAUGCAGUGCAACAGAAUGGUUUCACCGUCUGGUCCUUCCUGGAGAUGAUGAACUCUGGAAAGUUAACCAGAGGCAUUAAUCAGGAGAUCACCAGCAUGGCCAUAGAAGAGGUUUACAGGGAGAUAGUUGGCGAUGUCCUCAAAGAGGGGUAUCUGUGGAAGAAGGGUCAGUUGAGAAGGAACUGGAAGGAGCGCUGGUUCACCCUGAGGCCCAGUAUCCUGUCCUACUACACCACAGAGGAGCGCAAAGAUUGCCAGGGAAACAUCCCUCUGGACAAGAACUGCUUUGUGGACGUGCUGCCAGACCGAGAUGGGAAGAGGUGCAUGUUCUGUCUGAAAACUCUCUCCAAGACCUACGAGAUGAGCGCCUCGGACACCAAGCAGCGACAGGAAUGGACCGCAGCCAUUCAAACAGCCAUCCGUCUACACAGCGAAGGGAAGACCUCCCUCCACAAGGACCUGAAGUUGAAGAGGAGGGAACAGAGGGAGCAGAGAGAGAGGAGGCGACUGGCCAAGGAGGAGGAGCUGCAGCGCCUCCGGGCCCUCCAGGAGGAGAAGGAGCGUAAGCUGGCCGAGCUGGAGCUCCUGAAGGAGGCGCAGAGGCAGGCCCAGGCCCUGUUGGAGCAUGAUGAGCUGAGAAGGCGUAAGCAGCACGAGGAGAUGCAGGCGGCCCUGGAGGUGCAGCUCCGUGAGGCAGAGGAGUCACGGGCCUCAAUGCAGGCAGAAAUGGUCCUGAAAGAGGAGGAGGCGGCGCGACAGAGGAAGCGGAUCAAAGAGCUGGAGGCAAUGCAGGAGAGUCUGGAGGAGGCCUUGCAGCAGGAGAUCAAGGCUAGGCAGGAUGAGGAGGUCUUCAGAUACGCACAGACUGGUUUGCUGACUGAGGAAGAGGAGAAGAUGAAGGCCCUAAUGGCACUCCAGGAAGAGCAGGAGGAGUACAUCCUGAAGACCCAGAGGGAGAAGCAGGAGCUGAGGCAGGAGAUGGAGAACAAGUCCCGAGCUCUGGAGGAGGCCCAGCGUCAACUGGAGGAGGUCCGGGCCAACCGAUACCGAGUGGACCAGGACGUCGUGGCUGCCCAAAGGAAGCUUCGUCAGGCCAGCACCAAUGUCAAACACUGGAAUGUUCAGAUGAAUCGGCUGAUGCGUCCAAUUGGACCAGGAGAGAAGAGAUCUUCUGGAGGCGGCUCGUUUUCCAGUUUUCAGAUACCUACUCAGAGAGAUCCAGGCCUGCGUCUGAGACAGAAGUCGGAGGACCAUGAUGAGGAGAGCAAGGAGAAUGUGGACAACAGCAGUACGGGGUCAGGCUGUGAAGGAGAGAGAGGGGAGCGACGUCUAUCCCACGCCUCCAACGGAGACAUGGACAUCCCCUGAGAUGUCAUGGCUCUUCUAGAACGGAAAAAACAAUCUGUGUUUCGUUUAGGACUUUCUAAACACAAGGAUGGAAGGACCUAACUUCAUGGUACAGCUGUUGUCAUAGUGACUUUUCUGGUUAAGAGAUUGCCAACCGAAAAGCAUGGAUAUGAUAAAGGGAUCCUAAAGGAACUAGACAUUAGUCAUUGAAAUGUUUCUUCCACCAAGUUGGUAAUAAACAAUAAAAUAUGCAUAAUAUUUAGUACAUCUAUUUACUAUCUAACUUUUUAAUCGGAAAUAUUAAAAAAUCUUAUUUCUCGGUUAGUGAUAGUGAUGUUAGUAGUAGGUCUCCAUAUUUUAAUGAAGAACAGAAAAACCAUAACACAGUAUUUUUAAUGGUAUUCAUAGAUAACAAGAUGAUCAUUUCCUCUCACAAAAUAUAUCCUGGAAAUAUAAUUACUAAAUGUGUUGGAGUGUAGAUUUUGCUUUUCCUUUUUUGUAACGUGAGACACAGAAAAACUGGAAAAUGUAUUAGUACAACAUAACAAGAACAAUCUUUAUCACAAAACAAGUAUGUUUUGAAAACAGAGAAGACUGAUUUGUAGAGGAGAAAUAAAUGCAAACAGCCUUUGUGGUCUGAAUUUCCUGUUUCCGUCGUCAGUUUACAACACACUCUUAGAGGCAAACGCAACGGUGUGUUCCUACUGCAGUCCAAUAUCUGUAACCUGUGUUCAAAAUUAACUGUUUAGACAUUGCAGUUCCCCAAUGAUUGUUUCUCCUCAGUGGUUUUACAUGUGAAAUAAUUUUUAUAAAUUUUUGUGAAAUAA